CUCCGCUGGUCUCGGCGAGUUUCACGCAGAGACUUUCAGGACGAGUCGCUGCUCGAGGAUGCCGAGAGACUCGCGCGUCGUCGUCUAAGAUCAAACGGUACCACGUUCGAGUUUCGAGCCUUUCGAGCUCGCGGGAAAAAUGGCGGACGGGUCGCGGCGGUGCGGAUUUUUCAAAUCGGAGCCGACCACCUAGGCGCGGUGCGCCCAGGUGCGCCUACUCGAGCAUUCCUGCGCGCUCCGACGACCAACUGGAGGAAGAAAAAAAGCCCGCGAGCGACCGGGCGUUGCUCGCGCGACUGUUACGCGAGUCGCCGAGGUAGUCACUCGUCGAGGACACGUGGAUGGCUCGGAUGGGGAAGCUCGCCCUGCCAGAAGGUCCCGCGAUGCGCUCCUAGUGGCCUCGCAGACGUAAUCGAGCGACACCUGUCCCGAGCCGAUCGUCGAGAUGACGAGAAAGUUGAGCAAGUUUUUGAUACUCUUCGACAACACGAACUUACUCUACUUUCCCGGACACUUCUUGUCUGGCAGAGUGCUCAUUGAACUGGACGACGAGGCCUAUGUCUCGGGACUCCAUUUUCAUGUUAUCGGCGAAGGAGUUGUCAGGGUACGAAGUCAACGGGCCGAAAGAGUUUACGACAAGGAGAGUUACAUAGACUUUCGAAUGAGGCUUCUGGGAGAGCCAGGUGAAGGACCAUCCUUGUUAUCACCGGGUAUUCACAGUUUCCCUUUCAAAUUGGGAUUGCCUUUGGGUCUGCCUUCCACAUUUCUGGGUAAACAUGGAUGGGUCCAGUAUUAUUGCAAGGCAGCCCUCAGGGAACCAGGGGGCUUAACGCAUAAAAAUCAACAAGUAUUUAUCGUCAUGAAUCCUAUCGAUUUGAAUCUCGAGCCGCCGAUUUUAGCGCAACCGGCGAGACUGGAGGUGGAGCAACGCGUAGGUGUAUCUUGCGUCUCUGGAGGUCCUGUCUUCUGUCGUGUAAGCCUAGAUAGAGGUGGAUACGUCCCUGGAGAAACCAUUGGCAUUUCAGCUACAGUCAGCAAUCGAAGCAAAGUGACGAUGAAGUCAACAAAGGCAUCGUUAACUGAAACUAUUCAAUACCUAUGUCGAGGCAAAGUCCUCGCCAGUGAGACAAGAGAAUUAGCAAGCGUGUCUAGGGGGAAAAUUCGUCCUGGCGAGGGUGAGGAAUGGCUAAACGAACAAAUGUACGUUCCACCAUUGCCACCUACCAACCUUAGGGGAUGUCAUUUGAUCAACGUACUCUAUCAUGUUUAUUUUGUAAUUAGCCCGAAGAGUUUGGAUAAGGAGAUAAAACUACAGAUACCAAUUGUCCUGGCGACAUACCCCCUCAGGCAAGAAGGAGCUCCUGCGGGAACGGCACCAUCAAAAAGAGGAGCUCACUACCCCUCGACUUUACCCAUUUUUCGACCGUGGCUUGACGAUAAAGCUUUCGAGGUGCAGGAAUGAGAAUUGAACUGAAAAAUGAAUGAAACAAAAUGUAAUUGGAAUCAGUCAAAGCAACGUUUUAACAAAAAACGCUGACGAGCAAGUGCCGAAUAUUUUUUAUUCAUGUAAUAAUAGUAACGCGUAGUUAAGGAAAAAGUACUUGGCACCUGUUCUUUGAUACUUUGACACUAAUUAAAUUGAUCUGUCUUGUCUAGUGUGUUAGACAACAUAAGAUAACAUUAUUUUAUCACUCUCUAUUAGAGAGAUUAUUUGUUGUGACGCGAAAAAUGUGUUUUGGACAAUUACAUUUUAUUAGAAUGUGUAUAAUGCAAUAUUACACAUGACGUCACAGAUGUUUUAUUUUUAUUACUAUUUGCUACUGUUUUAUGUAUGUAUGUACUGAUAGAACUGCCAUAUUCGUAUAUAUUUAAUGUGUAAAGAUGAUGGAACGCGUAUUACCGUACUCAAACAUUCAGAUUUUAUAUUGUUUUCAUUCGGACAGGAUAUCUCUCAGCGGUACUUCACUUAUAAAACUAGCCCAUAGGUCCUGAAAAUAUUUCUGAAUACGGAGAUUAAGCGGAUGUAAUGAAAGAUGCGUGCAAUGUAACUGCGUGUAAAAACGGCUGUCAUAUAAUAAUGUCGAGAUAAUAAAUCAAUUAUUAAUUACCAGUCUA